AUGGAAUUGUCACUUCAAUAUUUUGCAAGUAUUACUGUGGCCAUGGCUGCCAUUGUGAUGGGGAGAUUAUUAUUUUCUUGGUGGAUAUUACCUAAUUUGGCAUAUAAAAAGCUUAAGGCCAAUGGCUUUUCUGGGCCAAAACCUAGUUUCCCUUUUGGAAAUUUAAAUGACAUGAAAAAGGAGGCAUCUUCCAGAAUCAUAUCCCAUGAUAUCCACUCCGCUGCAUUUCCAUACUUCGUCCGAUGGCAGAAAUCGCACGGGAAAGUAUAUAUAUACUGGCUAGGGACAGAGCCAUUUCUAUACAUUGCAGAUCCUGAAUUUCUCAAGAAAAUGAGUGCUCGUGUAACAGCAAAAAGUUGGGGAAAGCCAACUGUUUUUAAGAACGAUAGAGAACCAAUGUUUGGUAAUGGUCUUAUAAUGGUUGAAGGCGAAGACUGGGUCCGGCGCAGACAUGUUAUAACUCCGGCAUUCUCUCCGGCCAACUUGAAGGGUAUGUCAAGCUUAAUGGUUGAGUCAGUGACGAGAAUGCUUGACCACUGGACUGACCUAAUCAACUCCGGCAAGCCAGAAAUUGACGUUGAGAAGGAAAUCAUAAGCACAGCUGGAGAGAUCAUCGCAAAAACAAGUUUCGGCAUGAGUUAUGAAAAUGGAAGAAAAGUGUUAGAGAAAUUAAGAGAAAUGCAAAUCACUCUUUUCAAGUCCAACCGCUACGUAGGGGUACCCUUUAGCAACUUCAUGAACCCUAAACAAACCUUAAAGGCCAAAAAACUUGGUAAGGAAAUCGAUGCCCUCCUCUUAUCCAUAAUCACAGCUCGAAGCAAAUCCAGCAAAAGGCAUCAUCCUCAGCAAGACUUGCUCGGUCUACUGCUGGCAGAUAAUAUGGUGGACAGCCGUCUCGGAAAACGGGCCUUAACCACCAGGGAACUGGUUGAUGAGUGCAAAACUUUUUUCUUCGGCGGCCAUGAAACCACCGCAUUGGCGGUGACAUGGACUUUGCUCCUCCUUGCACAGCACCCUGAGUGGCAAAAUCAGCUGAGAGAAGAAAUCACUCUUCACUAA